GGGAAGGUUCGACUGGGACCGGGCUCGUGAGAUCAUUCGAGUACAUGUACUGAGUGAGCGCCGCUCGUGUUUAGUCGCUUUGUUACUUACUACGACAACUUACCAAGUAUCGCGAUCCAGCAUCUCGCUGACAUACCAUACCGACUGCAUCAUCCAAACUCGGUACGGUAGACAUUUAUUGGACCCUGUACCACGUCGGAUUCGACGCAUCCGGUUGCUCGAUCCUCGAGCAUUACAAUUAGACCUUGGAGAAGAUUUGGAUUGACCCAAACUUGGAAUACUCAUUACCGCAGCCAUGCGCACCACAACUCUUUUCACAGCCUUCCUCUUCUCCACAACAUCACUCGCGGCGCCAACACGGACGCAGGCACGCUCCCACUGCCGUUGCAUCCUUGCGUCAGAUGCCCCCAACCCGCUCGAGACCCCCUCCGCCGCGCACUGGACACCCGCCAACUGGAAACCAACAGAACCAGCGCCCAGCGCCUCCCCGCAGCAACAGCAAAGCAUCGACCGAUGCACUGAUUUGGGCCCUGAGCUGGAAAACUUCCGCCACACCAACCCCGAUCUGUACGACUCCUACCUGCGCGAGAAACUUGCGUCAAAUACUGUCUACAGCGACGAUGAAGAGAAGCCACUGCCCACAGAAGUCCUGAUGAACAAGGAGCCAAGACCGACAUCACGACCCAACGAGCGCAUAGUGUGCUACUCAGAGCCCGAGACAUUCUCAGCCUACAACGGCUCGUGUCUCACGCUCUGGGCGCUGCAGCUCAUUGUUGCUAUCACAAUCCUUGCGUGUGUCGGCGAGGGCAUUCAUCUGGGUAUGCGAUGGGUCUCCGGCCGCUCAACCAGUUCUGCCGAAGAAGAGGUUCCGGCCGAGAAAGCACUUCGACUCCAUGGCGCUGAGCGACUCCUCUUGGCCAUUCCUGCUCAGAUGGGCGGGAAUGAUGAUAUUUUCAGCCCGGGCGCAGAGAAGAAGCUCAGAGCGUACGAGGCACCGCGGUACUUUGUUGUUAAGAGCUCAAGUGGGAGAAGAGAGUUUGUUGCAUACGACAGUGAGGACGACGAUGAGGCGAACAGGCCGGUAAUGUAAUUUCUUACACACACGGUCCUUAUGUUGGUAUUAAAUCCCUUUGCACGCGUUUCCAGCGAUGCGAGAGGCAGUAUAUACAGUCCAUAUACCCCAAUGAAGUAUGAUACAUGUUCAUAUGCGGUCUUGAAGGGUUUUAUCCACAUCAAAAUGUCGAGCGAGGUUUUAUCCUCACUCGAUGAAGACCGA